AUGGUCGAUUAUAAAAAGACGGCGUGGAGCGGAAUGGAUGGAAGAAGAAUGAUUGCGAACGUCGUCGCCGCGUCGGCCAACCUCAUCUGCGGAGCAGCGAUCAUCGGCUCGCUGGUGUGCUGCGGCUCGCUCUACAAUUCGAUCAACAACCUCUAUGACGAUGUGUUCGUCGAUAUGAUGGAGUUCGAGCACUAUGCGAACGACGCGUGGAACUCGAUGAUCGUCAUCAAUCAGCCGUCGUCGCUUCAACGAGUGGCCGCGAUUUUCGGACGGCACAAACGUUCGGGUGAGAGUUGCAAUUGCGGACCACAGCCGUCGAAUUGUCCGCCGGGACCACCGGGGCCGCCGGGAGCGCCGGGCGAUGAUGGCGAGGAUGGCGCGCCGGGACAAGCGGGACCGAAUGGCGUCGAUGGAAUCGGCAUGGUGAAGGCUCGCGUCGCCACUGAUUGCGUCAAGUGUCCGGCGGGCGAGCCGGGGCCAAAGGGAGCCGAUGGGCCAGCGGGACCAGCGGGAGCUGACGGGCAGCCGGGACAGCCGGGAGCUCCGGGCAACGACGGGCAGCCGGGCGCGGCGGGACCACAAGGCGACGCGGGAGCGCCGGGAGCCCCAAGAAGCGACGGACAGCCGGGCGCCGCCGGGCAGAACGAAAAGCGAGGACGUGGAGCGCCGGGAGCGCCCGGACCACAGGGACCCGCCGGAGCGCCCGGACAACCGGGACAGCGCGGAAAUGACGGCGCGCCGGGACAGCAGGGACCAGCGGGACCCGCCGGCGCCGACGGACAACCGGGACAGUCGGGCGCCGAUGGUGAGCCGGGAGCCGAUGGUGGCAACGGCGAGCCGGGAACGGAUGCCGCCUACUGCCCAUGUCCGCCGAGAAGCGCCGCUGUCGUUGAAGUGCCGCCGGCGAUUCAGUAUAAGCGUAGACACGCUUAUGCUACCUAA